AGAACGUAAUUAUUGUGGUGAAUGAUCACGUUGUUUAAAAAAUGAAUUUAAAAAUGAAAACUGCUGUUAAUAACAACACGACUAGUUCUGUCGCUAAACAUCCCAAAGUUUCUGAAAUGGUGUUACUUGCAAUUGCUAUUUUAAAUGAACGCAAUGGUUCUUCGUUGCAGGCUAUUAAAAAAUAUAUAUCCACUUCUUUUAACGUCGAAGAGAAGAAGAUGUCGGCUUACAUUAAAAAGUACUUGUUAAUGGCAGUUGCAUCAGGAACUCUGAUUCAGACGAAAGGUAAAGGAGCUGCCGGUUCAUUUCGUCUUGGGGGAUGCAUGAAAUACAAAAUGAGCGAACUUCUGGCAGAAUUGCCUAAUAAAACGAAAGCAGCAGCGUCUCCUUGUGAUACUCACCGUGAUACAAAAUCUGAAAAAGGCUCAAAAAAGAUCAAGAAAGCGAAAACAGCAUUAAGUUCGACGAGAGCUGUUUAAAAGUGAUAAUAAACCGUCUGUGAUUUAUUCUAAGUACGAGCGUUUCUUUUCGGUCACAUCCCAUAAUUUUUAUUAACAUGACUUUCCUCCUCACGUGUUUACCUCUCACCUUUUUUUUUUUUUUUUUUUUUUUUUUCUCUUUUCAAUAUAAUGUCUGCAUCUUUGAAGAUUGUACCAAAGUUUUUUUUUUUUUUUAAAUGUAAAUAAUGCUCUUUUUCUUUUAAUAGCAUGAAAUGUUUCCAUAUAUGGUUUAUAUAUUGACUCUGAU